AUGGCAGGAAGCGAUACUAGCUAUGGUCUUCCGGGCACACAAGGGCAGCAGCGAUGCCCAAAGUGGACGGGCCAGACACAGGGUAUUUACCUGUUACAAGAAAUUGACGAUUACUACUGGCUGACCAGAGAGUCCAAGUGGAGCAGUCGAGGAUGGACAUUUCAGGAGUCAGUGCUUUCCCCAAGAAUACUAGCUUUUUCUGACCAGGGCGUUUUCUACCAAUGCCGACCCAAGCCUCAUUUUAAAGACGAGGAUCAUGGAGAUCAAGAACUUGACUUCUCAGUAACCCAAAUUCCACUGUCGUCAUAUGAGGACUUACUAUCCGAAUUCACGACUAGGGAUCUCACCUAUAAGUCCGAUAUACUUGACGCCUUCUCCGGGGUUUUGCACUUGGUAUAUGGAGUCGAGCAUCAUUACGGUCUGCCAUUUAGUGAUUUCAGUCAGGCAAUUCUUUGGGUAACCAAAGAUGGGAGAUACCCCAUGCGGCCUCCGUGCAUUCCAAAAAGCUUUCCGUCAUGGUCAUGGUCCUCUAUUGAUAAUGCUAUAUCACCGUCCUCUGGUGGACUUAAAUGGACUAAGAUUUCUGCAUCGUUAGCCCAAUGGGCAAUUCCACCAAGAUAUACAAAAUCUUUUUUGAAGAUCCUUCCGAACCCAUCUACACAUCAACAUGAGUUGGAUGAUGAUUCCAAAAAACUUUUCCCUUCCAGCCAAGAGCACCUACUGGCUCGACUUGCUGUGUUGAUGGCCUGGAAAGGGGGGUGUUUUCCUGGGACACUCCCAGAAUGCCUCAACAAUGAAGGUACAUGGGAGCAAUACGAUACCAUCAUCCGCCAGAGAUGGGAAUCACUCGCCGACAUGACUGACGAAGCAUAUUGCAUGCAAGGGGGGCAUCUUACUGCCCAUGAACAAGAGACAAGAUUUCCAAUUCAAAUGCAGCAUGCUUGUACAGAUGGAUGUAUUAUGCUUUUUACCCAGUCAAAACGUCUUCAGAUCAGAGAAAACAAAGAAUUUGUGAAAGCUAUGAAACUUGUCGAUCAAGACAGCGGUAUAGUCGGGUGGCUCACACAUCAUAGUAUCAACUGGGAGCGGCUUCAGAAGAUUCCCUCGUGGAAUUGCGGUGCUGAGUUUGAUGUUCUGGCUCUGUCCAUCUCGUACCAGACGCACUUGUUCACUGAGAUCUUCCGAUUUAUCCCGGUCAAAGAAUAUGGCCGCGAGGCGUCAAACUGGUAUGACUCGGCGGGGAAAUGUAUUUUUAUCGAGGAACAUGAUGACAGAAAGUACUCCCGGAUCAGUGUUCCCUGUGUUAAUUUGAUGGUCGUCGAGACAAAAAAUGGGAUCCGCAGGCGCAUUGCGCUAGCAGAGGCUGCUCUCAAAGUCUGGAUCGAGUCGAAACCCGAGUUUCACACAUUUAUUCUUGGUUAG